AUGACGACUGCUAAAGAGUAUGAUGCCACUAAACAGGAAGUCACCAUGAGUAAGCAAUUGAAAUCAGAUUUGUACCAAGGGCUCUUUCCUAUUUACCACCUAAGUAAAGGAUUCGGACUGCUACCAGUAAGAGUCAGUAUCCAAGCAAGUGGGAGAUAUAACUCGAAGAUUCACGUGGUUGACAUUAUAUACGGGGUUUGUCUCCUUUUAUUAUUCAUCUGUGCUGAGAUUUGGGGACUCUGGAGAGACCUCAGGGAUGGAUGGGUGAAUAGUACUAGAUUGAAGCGGCAGACAGCAUUGAAUGUGACUAUUGGAGACGUAGUGGCUGUUGCUCUUUUGGCUGCAGUUGGAGUACUUGGUGCUCCUUUUCGGUGGAAAUACCUUCAGGAGAUUAUAGGCCGUCUUAUUGACGCUGAUGAAAGGAUUGGAUUUAUCAACGCCAGAAAAACACGUAGAUUUGCAAUAAUCAUCUCAGCAGGGGCACUCGUCUACUUGAUAACAAUUUCUUCUCUUGAUAUUUAUGUAUGGGACAUGCAAACUAAACUGAAAAGAAAAAUGGCUGACAAAGGCCCAAUCAACUAUUCCCCCAUAUACUUUCUCUACAUGCAGGCAUUAAUGAUCGAGAUACAAUACACGAUUACUACAUAUAAUCUGAAUGAACGUUUCUUGAGGCUGAAUAAGAAUUUGGAAAAUUUAUUAAGAACUGGAAGAAAUCUUAUGAAAAAAGAUGUGAGCUUUACUAGUGAAUGUAAGGACCAAAAUGAAUUUAUCAUAUAUCCGAGGGCCAAAGUGGAAGCAAGACCUGCAAGGGUCUUUAGGACGCCGAAAGUAUAUGACUGGAUGGCUGGUGCAGGAGGUUCUAUAAUUAUCAGUCAAAUGAAUGAAACUAAUCACAUACCAGUUCACAGGGUAGUUGCUGUUAUGGAGCAGAAACUUCAUGAGAAUGAGAAUUAA